CCCCCCGGCGCCGGCCGCAGCCCCUGGGCCCUCCCGCGGCUUCCUCGGCGGGGCCGCGCUUCCCCCGCCUCCCCUCCCUCCUUUUUCCCUCCCUCUCUCCUUCCCUCCAUCCCUCCCGCCGCGCUCCGCGCAUCGCUGCCUCCCCCGUCCCCACGCCAGGCGGACACGGGGGCGCCGCCGCGGCCGUCCGGUGGCCCCCCGCUCCCGCGGCCAGCGGAGCCGAGCGGAGCCGAGCCGAGCCAAGCAGAGACGAGCCGAGCCGAGCCGAGCCGAGCCGAGCCGAGCCGGGAGCCGGCGGGUGCCCGUGGGUGCGGCGCGGGAGGUGGGCGAGCGGCGCGGGGAAUGGAGGACCCCAAAAGCAGCCUGGGGGCCGUGUGACAGCCGGCGGCGCUCGCACACACGCACACGCUCGAAGCGGCCGGGAGCCGGACCCCGGUGCAGAGCCGGGCAGCAGCGCCCUGCCCCGUCCCGCGGGGAGCCAGCAUGGAGUGAGAGCAGCGUGCCGCCACCAGCUAACGUACUGGAAGAAGACUCAAUGGAGCAGGACAUAGAGAGCCCUGUCACUAUUCAUCAGCCAAAGUUACCCAAACAAGCUAGAGAGGAUCUGCCAAAAAAUCUAAACAAAGAAUGUGCCAAGAGAAAAAUCCAGAGGUAUGUUAGGAAAGAUGGGAAAUGCAACGUCCACCAUGGGAAUGUCAGAGAGACUUACCGUUACUUGACUGACAUCUUCACUACUUUAGUCGAUCUGAAGUGGAGGUUCAACCUAUUGAUUUUUGUCAUGGUUUACACAGUGACCUGGCUCUUCUUUGGAAUGAUCUGGUGGCUAAUUGCCUACGUGCGAGGAGAUAUGGAUCAUAUAGGGGACAGCACGUGGACCCCCUGUGUCAGCAACCUCAAUGGGUUUGUCUCAGCCUUUUUAUUCUCAAUCGAGACAGAAACCACCAUUGGGUAUGGUUACCGGGUCAUCACGGACAAGUGUCCCGAGGGAAUUAUUCUGCUUUUAGUUCAGUCCGUUUUAGGUUCUAUCGUCAACGCUUUCAUGGUUGGCUGCAUGUUUGUGAAAAUAUCCCAACCCAAGAAGAGGGCAGAAACCUUGGUUUUUUCUACAAAUGCAGUUAUUUCCAUGCGGGAUGGAAAGCUGUGUCUGAUGUUCCGAGUAGGAGACCUUAGGAAUUCACACAUUGUAGAGGCAUCAAUACGAGCCAAGUUGAUCAAAUCCAAACAGACAAAGGAGGGGGAAUUUAUACCACUCAACCAGACAGAUAUCAACGUAGGUUAUUACACAGGGGAUGAUCGUCUCUUUUUGGUUUCACCACUGAUCAUCAGCCAUGAAAUUAACCAGCAGAGUCCUUUCUGGGAGAUUUCCAAAGCCCAGUUGCCCAAAGAGGAGCUAGAAAUUGUUGUAAUCCUAGAAGGAAUGGUGGAGGCAACAGGAAUGACAUGCCAAGCUCGAAGUUCAUACAUUACGAGUGAGAUCCUGUGGGGUUAUCGUUUCACCCCUGUCCUCACUCUGGAGGAUGGAUUUUAUGAAGUUGACUACAAUAGUUUUCAUGAAACAUAUGAGACCAACACACCAGUUUACAGUGCCAAAGAGCUGGCAGAGAUGGCCAGCCGAGCAGAACUGCCCCUGACUUGGUCUGUUUCCAGCAAGCUGGACCAGCAUGCUGAGCUGGAAACUGAAGAGGAAGAGAAAAAUCAAGAAGACCAAAAUGAAAGAAACGGUGAUGUGGCAAACCUAGAGAACGAGUCCAAACUGUAGAACCACCAGAGGUGUAAGAACCACAUGACCUUCUUUAUCUUCUCCCUUUUUGUUCCCCUUUUCUUUCUCCCACACACUUUUAUUUUCUUCCCUGUCAUUCUUAAUUCUGGGAAAAUAAAUAUUUGAGAUGUGAAAUAUCUACCUUCCCAAUUUAAACUCAAGAGAUUCACAAGACUAAGCAAAGGCAUAGGUUAAAGCUGCAAUACCCAUCACUUCCAGUGGAAUCUCCAUCCCCACCCUGCUAACAACCGACGGUUUCCUCUGCACCUCACCGAGUUCAGACCUCCAGGUUUACUAAAACUGACCAAAAAAAGCCACUGGCAUAUAAUCAAGGUAUAUAAAAAGGAAAGGCUAAUUGAUGUUCAUCAAAGCAAUGGGCCUUGACUCCAUUUUUUUUAUAUAUAUUUCAGGACAGUUUUGUAAACUGGUCAGCAAGCCUUUAUGAAAUGGGCCUUGCAGCUUUAAGAGGAAGGUGAGCAGAGGGCUCUGCAACCCAACACAAUACUGUACAUAUGCCUUAUGUAAUUAAUUUCUCUUUACAUUUAGUAAUAAACAACGCAUGUACAAAAGUACUGUAGUAAAGAUCUUCUAAAUAAUGUACAUAGUUGUGUAAUUAAUGUAGGUUUAGAAAACGAGUUCUAGAAAUAUCGGGAUGCAAAAACAAACUACCCAUGAAAUAAGCACUUCUCUUCUAACAUUUGGAGUCUCAUACUGAUUUCUCCCCUUAUAUCUAUGGCUCUUUUAGUGCAUGACAUCUUCAGUGUACCAGACUGGCAGCUAUUUAGAGUACCUCACUGUUUCCCAAACAGGUCAUUUUUCUGACUCUAAAAAGCCAUAAGUCUGGGAGAGGGCAGGGUAGAAAAAUUGUAACAUAAUUACUGAUAUACUGUGAAAAUGUUUACAAAUAAGGCAAACCAUUCCUGGGUAUUUUCUUGGCAGUUCAAUCUAAAUUUAGACUGUGGCAAACAAGAAUUUCCUGCGUACUCCUAGUCUAGCAAGCAUGUUCCAUGCAGAGGUAUUAGCCUUUAUGUGCAAUAUCCAGGGAAACAUCUUUCUCCCCACCCAAACCAUGGGAUUUAAAUGGAGCAAGUUGCUGCGUGAGCAGCACAGGCCAUUGAAAACCAAGUGUGGUCCUGUAGUGAGCAGAUCAUAACCACCUAGCUGGAAAACAGCUGAAUUUCAGCUGAAGCCAUAAUGGAAGAAAUUCUCUUGCCAACAGCAUCGGUGCUUUGUCAGUCCCAAAACAAGUCACAAAACACGUGCCAUCCCUGGGUAACAGGUUUCAACAGGGCUUCUCAGCAAAACACAUAGAUCCUGCCACCCAUGUUCAGAAGCAGGGGUCCCUAGAUUAGCUCCUUGGCUGCUGUAAACCACUGUAAAUCCUGUACAUCCUGGCUUAACAACUUUAACAUUACCAGUUGCAUAGCUCACGCCACAACACCUGCACCAGCAGGGGAGCUGAUCCAAACGGCCCUCUGCUCAUGGACACGCUGUGUGAUGGAUGCUGCUCCCACAGCACAGCAGUGCCCAGCACCAAGGACUCUGCCCAGCAUGUGUUAAAUGUUGCCUCUUCAAUGCAGGUUGUGAUGCUUUUGGUGGGCUUUUGCUCUGGCCCAUCCACAACAACAUUCCUGUCAGUGAAGGAAAGGAAGCUGCAGCCUUAAUUUGCUUGGUUUUGGUUUGUUUGUGUUGUUUUCUUUUAAUACCUGCCCACUGCAGAACAGAGAAAUAUAUUGAAAGGAGUCUGAAGCAUUUUAGUGCAGAAACAUUUACAUUAAAAUGGGAAGAAGAAAAAAAAAAAAAAAAAACUCAGGAGAAUCUCAGUGGGCAGGUAGAAAUUUUGCACUGUGAUAUAGCUUUCACUCCAAGUCCAUACAUAUUCUCUGUUUUUUGCUGAAACAACUGCCCCUUGCCAAUUUUCACCUAGUGUGGUUAAUCCACAAGGUUUUGCAGGUCCUCCAGCUGUGCUUAAUACCAAGGCAGGAAGAGCAGGGUGUGGGAGAAAGGUUUGCCACCAGGGAUGGGCAGGUCAGGCUGGAUGGGAAGUCUUUUGUUUCAUCUCUGAGCAUCUUUCCUGAAAGGCUUUCACAGAGCAGCGUGAUUUAAGUAAUGGUUCAGAAUAUGGAUUUUUUUUUGUUGUUCCCUCCAGUUGGGAUGGCUGAUUUUGUCAACCAGGUAAAGGUAAUUUAUGCUGAAGUUUUCUGAGAUACAGCUCCUUUUGCUAUAGACCUCUUAAAGCUUGGUCUUCUGCCCUGGUACCAGAACCAGCCCAACACUCCCACUGACACAUCACAGCCCAUCUGUAAGGCCACCCACGAGGGGCACCCAGCACUUUUAAGGCAAGGUCACUCCAAAGCUCUGCUGGAAGACAGAAGCCUUACAGCAGAAGACCCAGGGGUAACACGUGGGUAGGGAAGAGCCUGUGUCAGUCUGCAGUCCUAGCAAAAGGUGCAUGAGCUGAAGGCAAACCAUUCCUCCGAGGAUAAACCUGCUUUUUGCUCUUGGAAUUUACUGGGCCACUCUAUAAUUCAUUGCUGCAGUUUAAGAAAAGUUUAUGUUGAUUAGAACAGCAGCUCAGGGCCCUAACAGAACCUUUUUUUGUGUCCUCAAACACAAAAAAAUAGACUUUACGCCACUGGGGCAUGCGCAUGUGUAAGCUAUAUUUUUGUGAAUAGGGCACUUAAAGCUUAAGGUGUGUGUUUGUCUCUUUCUCUCUCUCUCCCCCUGUAUUUUAUUGUCUUUGGUAUUCAUGUAGUAUGGACUGUAAAGUUUAUGAAAUCUCAUUUUUGUAACAUAAGCUUAAAAAAAAAUAGAAGCCUCCAAAGCUUUCAAUGGGGAAGCUUCACGUAAACUUUGUACUAGAAUGUCCCUAUCAAACACCUCUAUUUUUCUACAAUGAUUGAUUAAGCAGUUUAACAAUGUAUUUUGUGUCAAUGAUUUCAACUGAACUGGUAAAAAGACAAUUAAGAACUGAAUGCUGUUAAUUAACAAUGGAUUUUCAAGCCGUACAUAUUGAGUGGUGUUUUCAUUAUAACAACUUAACCUGAAAACUUCAUCUCCUAAACCUUAACAAUGUCCUUUGAAAACAGUGCCAAAUGGAAUAUUGUUGGCAAAUCAUAUUUAAGAAUCAUGAAUGAUGUAAUGUUUUAUUUGAUAAGAUAUAUCGUUAAUCAAGAUCCAUUACAUACUUAUAUAUUUCAUUAAUACAUUUUGAUGUCUUUUUCUCAGCUUAUCUUGUGAUUUCCAGAAGCAAAAGAAAAUCCAGAGAUAAAUGUGAGUUUGCAGUCAUCUACUGCGGCACUCAGUUCCUUCUUCAAUGCACAGAAAUGCUGCAGAGAUUCUUCAUACAAACACAUGCAUAGUGUUGUACUGUCAUCUCUGCCUCUUUCUCACUCUCUUAUUUUUUUUUUAAUUUGUUUCUGGUUUUGGCAUUUAUCUUUUGUUUUGGUUUGGUUUUAGAGGGUUUUGAGUUUGGUUUUUUUUUAUUACAACACACUAUUUUUUUUUCCCCUCACGUUUCCAAACCAUAUCUUUCAGGUGGUGACAACAGAUACAAAUAUAUUGCUUUUCACAGGGCAAUGGAAAUUUAUAUUGGGUGAGAAUUUGACCUUCAGCAAGUACUUCAAGUUACAUCUUAGUAUUUAGCAAUAAAUACCAUCUUACCAGCAUUGAAAUACAUUCAAAAUUUCAUUUCAAAAUAAGCAACAAAAAAUACAAACAUCCUCUUAGAAGUAUAUAGUAGUUAUCCUAGAUCUUUGUCCUACAGAACUAUAGGUAUUGGCAUUGAUGUGAGCCACCCCAUCAAAUUUAACUUUGGUGAUCAAAACAAAAUGUCUUGUCUUCUUCUGUGAAGGGCCUUGCUACAAACUUGUAGGUCUCUAUACCUGAGCAUGGGUGGAGGGGACUGCACAGCCCUGAGUUAGCAGAGCUCUGUGCAUAUCUUGCUGUGCAGAGGAAGGAGGUGGUGUGCCAGAGGAGGGUCCCCAGCCACCACAUCAGGCAGAACAGUAUGUUGGCAAAGGGGAAAAUGGUUGAUGGAUGGUUAGAGACUAUCCUGGCUCUAACCUUCUUCAAGACAGGCUCUAGAUUUACAUGCAUAGCUAUAGUGUGCAAACGUGCUCAGUUCUGGGGUUGUCCAUAUUCCUCUGCUGGAGUUAAAGAGGAAACUCAAACCCUUUAAAAACAGGGAAGAAAUCUGUCUUAUCUUUUCAACAGCAGGGCACAAGUUCCCAUUUUGAUCAGCUAUGUGACAUUACACUACUGAGGAAAGGGAAGACCCAGGCUCAAUGCCCUUUUCAGCUCAGGGAGGUUUGAGGCUGCACCCCACUCGUCCCAAGAAACAAACCCAGCCAUAACAGUAAAAGCAGUGUCCCAACACCUGCACCAAGGCCAGACGGGUUCUUGAAUUCUCCCACUAGCCCAAAGAAACUUUAAAUCCUUCCCUUGGUGCAUUUUUAAUAGAAGAAUGGAAAAUUCCUCAUUCCCUCAGUCCCUAACAGCUGUUGUCCUAUUGACUAGGGCACUCCCAGGCUGUGUGGCACAUAUGGGUGCAAGCCCUGGCUGGGGCAGGCACAGGAUUCAUGUUUCUCACCUCAUCCAACAGUCAUCUGCAUUCUGCAAAGGUGCGUCACUGCAGCCUUUAGCUAUGAUCCUGAGUGCAAGUAGCCACCGCAUCUCCUAAGGCCCCAAAUCCUUUGAGGUCUGGGCUUGAUGUGCUCUGAACACCACCCACCCGAGCAGCCUUCCUAGGAGGUGGAGGCGGAGGAAAGCCAAGUCAUUUUAUCUCACUCCAGCUGCACUGUGAGAUGGGUACAGAGCUGCACAGCCCUGCAAGGAUGUGUGAUGUUAUGCCUAGAAACCCUUCCUGGCAGAAGUAAGGGGUAACCUCGGACUUCUGGCUCAGGGAGAUUUGAACUUAAUGAUGAAUUUAUACCACUUGCUCAAGAUACCUGAUGUAGAUGUGAAUUACAGGCUCAAAGCUUGACUUGACUUGUCUUUAUCGCAAAGGGAGAGAUAGACACCUUGGUAGGACAUUCCUUUAGAUAAAAGCAGAAGUUCUCACUGUGAAACUUCAACUUUUUACUAUUACUGAACUUUCUGUCUGUCAAAAUAUCUUUCUUUUCAAAAUACCAGCCUUGUUAACAACCAUGUUACCUCAUUCAGACACUACUUAGUCUAUAAAUCAGGCCUAACAAAACAAGAACCAAAAUUGGCUACCUUUGCUCCUUUAGCUCAUAAACAUGUUUGGAAAUGUGCUUGGAAAGCAGACAUAAAUGUGGGCUCUGUGCAUUAAGUAGUUCUUAGAGACAAGACCCAAAAGCCAUUUAAUAUUUAUAAUAAAUGACGUUCUUUUAUGCUUCCUGAGUUAACUUUAAACUUCUGAGAUUUGGCUUUUUGGAGGGGAGGGGUGUUCUUACAGAUUUUAGUGCACAUUUCAUUUUGUGUAUUUAGUUCAAGCUUCCUUCCACCCAUUUCCAUUUUUUUCAGCUCCCCUGGAUUUUCAGAAAUGUUAAUCUAGUGAUAACUUCAGUGUAAUGGAGUACUUACUUUACCACUUACCAUUCUUCCAUUUAUUGCCUGCAUACUGGUGCUGUAAUGCAGUUUCAUGUAGACAGCACAAAGACAUCAUACCCAAAGAUAGUGUUCCAGAGAGACCUGCAUAUCUUGAUAUUUCAUCUCAAGUGUGAAAUCUGUUUUCUAUUUCAAGCAAAUUCACAAGUAUAAACCACAGUUCUUCCCUCAUCUUCUCUAACUUGUGUGUCAUCCACACAGAAUAAAAAUUUAGGAGUUUCAAGUAAUACCAGCUGCUCAGAGUUUUUUUUUCUCAGGAUAGAACUGGGGAGAGUCCUCCCAGUUUUUUAUUUUUAUUUUCUUUUAUCAAAGAAGGCAGCCAGGAUCACCAAAGCCACAGCUGCAGCUUUUCCGCAGCCCUCUAGAAUCUACAGGCUCUACCAUAAGGCAGGAGGACCCAAAUUCCUCACUGAAAUGUCUGUAUUAAAGGACAUGUGAUGUGGUGCUUGAAGAGGUCACGUUCUAAUUUAGAAAGGAUGUCAGGGCAACAUUCAGUUUAUGUACACUCAAAUUUUUUGGGGGGGGGACUCAGACUGUUACACUUUCUAAUGCAUCUUUUUCGGGCCAUUAAAGAAGUUAUUUCCUUUUCUCAACAACAACUGGAUGGGAUGCUACAGCUAACCUCCUAUAAUUCUACACGAGAUUUUUCAGAAAUGCUGAACAUUUACCAACUCUUAUGAAAGCCAGUAGGAAUGAGGAGGCAUUUCUGGAAAAAAGAGACCAUCUGCUGAGAUGACUAUGUGAGAACUUUGUGCUGCCUUUUGUGCCAGCUUUUAGGCUCCCUGGGAGAUGAUGGAGUCAGUAUAGGUCUUCACCUCACUGAAAUGCCAUCAGCAUCAAAUACUUGCCAAAGUCUUAAGGCAGCCACAGGCAGUAUACUUACAUCCUUCAGUUCUGCUAUAGGUUUUAGGCACACAUUUUUAGGCAAAUUAGGGAUAGCUGAAGCCACUGCUAAAUGUGUUAAAGAUACUUCCAACAAAUACAAAAAAACAGUGUGACUCUCUUAAAGACGGUUUAUUUGUAAAGGGGUUAAGGCACAGUAGUGGGGCAAGAAAAGUAAGAUGCACAUUUUGUCCUUGUGCUGCAGCUUCUGUAGGAAAAGAUGUAAUCCAUGACUUAGCAGACAGGCCAGCAAUUCUCAUUUCUAAUGAUCUCAUUUCUUAAAAAAAAAUAAAAAAUAAAAAAAAAAAAAUCCCACUUUCUAGUCAAAAG